GUUUGUGGAGAGAUCGAGAAAGAGAGAGCGGCACCACGCAGCGCGCGCGCGGGGGACGUCAAUUGCGAUACACAGCCACACGCGAGGGUGACGAGGCCACCACCGGCAGGGAGCGGUAGUCAAAACAAGCCGGCAGCCUGCCUGCCUGCCUGCCUGCCCGCUUGCGGCAGGGAAAAAACGGGGCACCGCCACCACUUCCUCCUCCUCAUCGCCAGCUCGGCCGCACCCUCCGCGCGGUCUAGAAUAUAAACCGGCGCCGGUGAUCUGAACGCCUUACGAACAGUGGCCGCCAUGGGUGCCUGGCUCCAGGUAGCUUAGCUCGCCGGGAGGGCGACGACAGCAAGGCAAGAGCUAGCUUCUUCUCCGUCCGCUGCUUAUGUAGCUGGCUGAAGCGGCGAUCGAUCGGAUUCUGGACUGGGAAAUGUGACGACCUGGCUCUAAGGAAGCAUCAACUGUGGUGUUCUUGAAUUGGGACGAGGCUUAGCAGCAUGGACCCCGAGGCCGGCACGGCGGGGUACGACGCCGACAGCGUGCCGCCGCCUGGGGAGAGGGACGGCAAUCACCGGAGCAGCACGGCCGGGUCCGCCGACGAGCGGUGCGGUCGGUUCAUGGAGGACUGGUGCUGCUCCUGCGCGCGGCUCUUCCUCGGGCCCAACCCGAUGAUGGCGCGCUAUGUGUACGCGCUCAUCUUCCUCGUCACCAACCUCCUCGCCUGGACCGUCCGCGACUACGGCCACUCCUUCCUCGCCGAGCUCCAACGGCUCAAGGUUUGCCAGGGCGCGCGGUACUGCCUCGGAGCGGAAGGAGUGCUGCGGAUCAGCCUCGGCUGCUUUCUCUUCUUCUUUGUGAUGUUCCUGUCCACCGUGAACACGAGGAAGGUGCACGACUGCCGGAACUCGUGGCACUCCGAGUGGUGGCCGGCCAAGAUCGUCCUCUGGAUGGGCUUCACGGCCAUCCCCUUCUUCGCGCCGUCGCCGCUCGUCCAGCUCUACGGGAAGGUCGCGCAUUUCGGAGCAGGGGCGUUCCUUGUGAUCCAGCUCGUCAGCGUGACCAGAUUCAUCGCGUGGCUCAACGACUGCUGCUUGUCAGAGAUAAACCAGAAAAGAUGCCACAUGCAGAUUCUUGUGGUCUCCAUUGGCGCAUACAUCGGGUCUAUCUUGGGGAUCGUUCUGAUGUACGUCUGGUACGCACCGAGCCCAACUUGCAAGCUCAACAUUCUGUUCAUCACCAUCACCCUGGUGCUCGUCCAGUUCAUGAUCUUCGUCUCCAUGAGCUCCAAGGUCAAGGCAGGCUAUUUGGCUCCAGGGCUGAUGGGGGUGUACGUUGUGUUUCUGUGCUGGUCUGCGAUCAGAAGUGAGCCGCACACGGAGAUUUGCAACAAGAAAGCAGAAGUUGCAACAAGUGCAGAUUGGGUCAACAUCGCGAGUUUUGUUAUCGCGGUUAUCGUCAUCGUCGCGGCGACCUUCUCGACCGGAAUCGAUUCCAAAUGCCUGCAGUUCAAGACGGCAGAAGCCGCGUCCGAGGAGGACGACAUCCCCUACGGCUUCGGCUUCUUCCACUUUGUGUUCGCCAUGGGCGCCAUGUACUUCGCCAUGAUCUUCGUAGGCUGGAACGCGCAUCAAACCAUGGAGAAGUGGACGAUAGACGUCGGCUGGGCGAGUACGUGGGUGCGUGUUGGCAACGAAUGGCUGGCGGCAAUCGUGUACAUAUGGAUGAUGAUUGCUCCCGUCAUCUGGAGGAGCAGGCAGGUGGGAUCGUCAACGUAGACGCGGAUGUUCCUCACUCGCAUUGCAUCAGAACUAGGAAGAAAAGAAAAGAGAAAGAAACGAAGUGCCUGAUGCUAUAUGUAUCAGUUCAGGUGACGCGUGGCGUUCCUCGAGAUGAAGUAGCUGGUGGUCACCUGUCUCCUUUUGCUAAGCAUGCAGAAGGUGAAGAGAUGAGAGAUCCUGAUCAAGGUUCAGUGAAGCUGAGUUCAGUUCAGGGAGCUCAUCGUUGUACAGACGACCGCCAUUUUUUGCCUGUCGCCGCUGGUUUGCGGAGGCGGAUGUUUGGACUUGAUCUGAUUCAUGUCUUGGCAAGUUUGCAUUCGCACUCGAAUGAGAUGCGUCGUUAAAGGGAAACAGCACGUUACAUGAAUA